CUCCUAUAUAUAAGAGGCUCGUAUUAGGCCAAAUAUCUGCGAUUCCCAAAUCCUCGAGUAUAGAUGGACCACCCGCCCACCCCUCACGUGCUGAUCACGCCCUUCCCUCUCCAGGGCCAUGUUAAACCCAUGCUGAGCCUAGCUCUGCUCCUCUCCGGCGCCGGCGUCCGAGUCACCUUCCUCAACUCCGAUCACAACCACGCUCUCCUCGAUGUCGACGCCCUCCGCCGCCACUUUCCCGGGCUGCGAUUCGCGUCCAUCCCGGACGGCCUUCCGCCGGAGCACCCGCGAACCGCUGCCCUCGUUUCCAGCGACCUAUUUUUCACCACCGACACAACCAAGCCUAUUUUCCGGGAGUAUUUCAUUUCCCUGUGUGGAGAAUCGGGGCAAUGGCUGCCCCCCACCUGCAUCAUAGCCGAUGGGGUUUCGAUGUCUCUGGUCGCUGAUGUUGCCGAGGAAUUUGAGAUCCCGAUCAUUGCUUUCCCAACCUAUAAUGCUUGCUCCGCCUGGGUUUUAUUCCAUAUUCCCAAACUCAUCCAGGAAGGAGAAAUCCCUUUUCAAGGAGACGACGACGACCUGGAUCGACCCGUCACUUCCAUUCCCGGACUGGAAACCCUUCUUCGACGGCGAGACCUACCCAACAUCUGCAGAUUCAAAGACAUCCAAGAUCCAAUCCUCCAAUUCUUCAUCUCCCAAGCCGCCGCCGUGGCCACUCGAUCCUCCGCCCUCAUCCUCAACACCUUCGACGACGCCGAACACUCCGUCAUUUCUCGCCUCCGCUCCUUCUUCACCAAGAUCUACACCGUCGGUCCUCUCCGUACCCUCUCGAAGUCACUCAUUGGGUCCCCAGAAUGUCUCCCCGAUGGGAGUCUCCAGAAGCAAGACCGCCGUUGCAUCGAAUGGCUCAACUCCCAGGCUCCCAAAUCCGUCAUAUACAUCAGCUUUGGGAGCAUCGUAGUCCUGAAUCGAACGCAGCUGCUGGAAAUUUGGCACGGGUUGGUCAACAGCGGAAAGCCCUAUCUUUGGGCUCUCCGGCGGGACGCCGUCAUCGGAGAAGAAGCGGCGGACCAGGAACAGAUUCCGUCGGAGCUCGAGGAAGGGGUCAGAGGAAGGGGGUGCGUUGUGGGCUGGGCCCCACAGGAGGAGGUGCUGGCCCAUUGGGCCUUGGGGGGUUUUCUGACUCACAGCGGGUGGAACUCGACGUUGGAGAGCAUGGUGGCCGGAGUGCCUAUGAUUUGCUGGCCGCAGCUGGUGGACCAGCAGGUGAGUAGCAGGUGGGUGAGCGAUGUGUGGCGGAUCGGGCUGGACAUGAAGGAUAGGUGUGAUAGAUCAACGGUUGAGAAGAUGGUGAGGGACCUUUUGGAAGGCAAGCGAGAGGAGAUCAUGGAUUCAACGGAUGAGAUUGCGCGAAAGGCCCGUGCUUGUUGCGAGGAGGGUGGGUCCUCCUUCCGUGGCUUUCAGAAGCUGAUCGAGGACAUCCGCGUGAUGCAUCUGGCCGGAAAGAGUUGAGCGGUCUUGUUCAUAUGCUAGCAGACUGAUUUAUAAAAUAUUUAAAUAAAACUAGAAACGCAUGAGCCAUGGGGGUGGGAAUCAAAUCCAUGACCCACACGCAUGCCAUUGUGAAUCAUCACAUUCUCUCCCCUUAUGCAACGAAGUGGACACCCAUUUUUGUGGUUUUCCAUUUUCACACAAACAAGGGAACUUGUUUCUUUUAAGACAUGUGUUUUUACCUC